CCGGAGGGGGGCGGCUGCGGGUGGAGGUGCGCCUCUGACAAGCCCGAAAGUCAUUUCCAACCUCAAGUGGACUUUGUUCCAACUAUUGGGGGCGUCGCUCCCCCUCUUCAUGAUCGCCGGCAAACUUCCUCCUCGGCGCUGCUUCUAAUGGAGCCCCACCUGCUUGGGCUGCUACUCGGCCUCCUGCUUAGUGGCACCAGGGUCCUCGCCGGCUACCCAAUUUGGUGGUCCCUGGCCCUGGGCCAGCAGUACACAUCUCUGGGCUCCCAGCCCCUGCUCUGUGGCUCUAUCCCAGGCCUGGUCCCCAAGCAACUGCGCUUCUGCCGCAAUUACAUCGAGAUCAUGCCCAGUGUAGCAGAAGGCGUGAAGCUGGGCAUUCAGGAGUGCCAGCAUCAGUUCCGGGGCCGACGCUGGAACUGUACCACCAUCGAUGAUAGCCUGGCCAUCUUUGGGCCUGUCCUGGACAAAGCCACCCGCGAAUCGGCCUUCGUGCAUGCCAUCGCCUCGGCUGGUGUAGCCUUCGCGGUCACACGCUCCUGCGCCGAGGGCACCUCCACCAUCUGCGGCUGCGACUCCCAUCACAAGGGGCCACCGGGAGAAGGCUGGAAGUGGGGUGGCUGCAGUGAGGACGCUGAUUUCGGGGUCCUGGUGUCUCGGGAGUUUGCGGAUGCGCGAGAAAACAGGCCAGAUGCCCGCUCGGCUAUGAACAAGCAUAACAACGAAGCAGGCCGUACGACCAUCCUAGACCACAUGCACCUGAAAUGCAAAUGCCACGGGUUGUCGGGCAGCUGCGAGGUGAAGACCUGCUGGUGGGCCCAGCCCGACUUCCGUGCUAUUGGCGACUUCCUCAAGGACAAGUAUGACAGUGCCUCAGAAAUGGUGGUGGAGAAGCACCGGGAAUCCCGAGGCUGGGUGGAGACCCUGCGGGCCAAGUACGCACUCUUCAAGCCACCCACGGAAAGGGACCUGGUCUACUACGAGAACUCCCCCAACUUUUGUGAGCCCAACCCAGAGACGGGUUCCUUUGGCACCAGGGACCGGACUUGCAAUGUCACCUCCCAUGGCAUCGACGGCUGCGAUCUGCUCUGCUGUGGCCGAGGCCACAACACGAGGACGGAGAAGCGGAAGGAGAAAUGCCAUUGCGUCUUCCACUGGUGCUGUUAUGUCAGCUGCCAAGAGUGCAUCCGCAUCUAUGAUGUGCACACCUGCAAGUAGGGAACCAGGGCACUGGGAAGGGGUAGAUUGUGCAGCUGGAUCCAUUCAUCGAAGUCCCAUGGGAAGCAGGAUCUAGAUCUGGGCCAGCUUUCGGCACACUGG